GGCGCGGGGCGAGGCCGAGGCCAGAGUCACCGGGCGGACGCGGCAACAGCCACAACAAGGCGCGGACAGGGUGGGGCCGAGGCGUGUGCUGCUGAAGGCUUCAUAUCCACGCCACAAUGAGGGCCCAGGCCUCUGUUCUCGUCCUCGCCGCCAGCGUGACCAUGGUGUCCAGCCUGUGGUGCUAUCAGUGUGUCAGUUCCCACCCCGGCUGUGGCCUGUACGACUUUGACUGGCGGUACUACUGGAGCCACUACUGCCAAGAUGCCAAUAACAAGUGUGUCAAACUCAUUGAGCAGAAAGGAGUGGAUAUAAAGGUGACGAGAGAUUGUCUGAGCAACCUGGAGGGCCACCGAAGAGACAUUCCAGCUGAUCACUAUGAAGGAUGUCGCCCGGCUGCCAAGGACCCUCUUUUAGGACAGUACAUCUUCCCCUCCAUACCAGAGAUUGACCACAAAAGGGAAUAUUACACAAAUGUCACUUUUUGCUUCUGUGACUUUGAUGAAAGGUGUAACAGUGCUUCAGCAUCUGUGGUAAGCAUGUUCCUCUUGGGCUGUUUAGCUAUGGCCCAUCUCGCUGUUUGGGGAUGACUGUGGAUGGUGUAAGUAUUGUUCUACUUCUUGGGAGGGCCACCAUGGGACAAUACUGUAUGGAAUAGAAUCUUUGGGUAUGGCUGUUUCAUUAAAUGCUACUGAUAUCACUGGCAUUCCAAAAAAACUGGUAUUUAGUAAGAACAUUAGUGUGGUGUAUGAACUUUAGUAGUCAUAACACUACUAACAUUUUCUAUUUUCGUAUGUGAUGGGGCACCAAUAAGAUAGUCUUCCACUCCUCAGUAUUGUGUAUGGCUUCUUGGUGUUUUGAAGCUUAUUUCUCACUACUGUACCUGCUUUUCCAAAUUACUUUUGUACUAAAUCUAUAAUGAACUUUAAUCAAAAUACCAAACAUAUCCAUAAAUAUCUUUGCUUGUGUAAGCAUUUCAACAUACACUAGUUUACCUACUUUGAGUUACAUAAAAAUUCAUAUUGAAUCAAUUAUAUGUGCCAAUGUUUUGCUUUCAUUAACUAUGCUUAUUUUUAUGCAAAACAUCAAGGAGCUGUACUAGAGUUUGUAUCAGUGGCACAUGUUAUCUCUCACAUGUCAAGUGUAAGUGUUGGCUAAGAGUCCGUCCCUUCAUUAGGUGCACAAAGUUUGGUUGUUGACAGUAAUUUAACCAACUGUUCAGAAUCUCAUAUCAAGUAAUUUACUGUCGCAGUAACCUCAGUAUGCAUGGUAACAAACAUUAAUUAAUUUUGUAAUAGUUGCAGUAUAGUAGAUGUUUACAUGUGGUCAGAUUCCUGCUCUGUUGUCUGUAAGUGUUUACACAUUAUAGCCAGCCUUCAGGGGGUAGCCUGAUUUACAGCUGCCCAGAAAGAAGCACUGAAGUUUAAGGACUUUGACCACUCUUGUAAUGCUGAUGUUUGUAACCAAAAGCAGCUUGACAUAAUCCGUCCAUAGCAGAUUCAUUGUAACCAAAAGCAGCUUGACAUAUUCCGUCCAAUUCAGGUUCGUCUAUUUUUUUGUUUUCAUCCCUGAAAAUGUUUGUAUAUAAUUGCCUUUUCCCCCUUUUGUGUAGAGGCAAUAAGAAAGAAGCAGAAACUAGGAGACAAAAUAAUGAUUACUGUAAGUCCGUCCUGUGUUUUUCUUGUUAAGUAGGAAUUUAAGUACAGUAAACCUCGAUAUAACGGACUAAUUGGGGGGGACCUUAGUCCGUUAAUGCCGAGUCUGUUUUAAGCGGCAGAAAUGUAAAAAUAUGUACAAUAAUACCAACGAACCUAAUAAACAUAGGUAUAUAGUUU